AUGUCACAUUGCAGGGACAAUACUCAUUGCUGUGAAAUGCAGAUCUGGUGGCUGGAUCCAGAGCUGACGUACGGCAAUGCCAAGCCAUUUGUCUUCACGCAGGGCCACUCGGUGUGUAACCGCUCCUUCUUCCCCUGCUUUGACACCCCUGCAGUGAAAUGCACCUACUCAGCUACUGUCAAGGCUCCAGCAGGCAUACAGGUGUUGAUGAGUGCCACCCAAAGUUCCUACCUAGAAGAGGAAGGUGUAUAUCAAUUUUACAUGGAAUAUCCAGUUCCUGCCUACUUAGUGGCCCUGGUGGCAGGAGACCUUAUACAUGCAGACAUAGGCCCAAGGAGCAGAGUGUGGGCAGAGCCUUGCCUGCUGCCAACAGCCAUCAGCAAGCUUUCUGGCAUUGUUGAACGCUGGUUGACUGCUGCAGAGAGUCUGUAUGGCCCCUAUAUAUGGGGAAGAUAUGACAUUGUUUUUCUUCCUCCAUCCUUCCCUAUUGUUGCUAUGGAAAACCCAUGCCUGACCUUCAUCAUCUCUUCCAUUCUGGAGAGCGAUGAGUUUUUGAUCAUUGACGUCAUCCACGAGGUUGCCCACAGCUGGUUUGGAAAUGCAGUCACCAAUGCCACCUGGGAGGAGAUGUGGCUGAGCGAGGGCCUGGCCACCUACGCGCAGCGCCGGAUCACCACCGAGACCUACGGAGCUGCCUUCACGUGUUUGGAGACUGCAUUCCGCCUCGAUGCUCUCCACAGACAGAUGAAGCUCCUUGGAGAAGACAACCCAGUCAGCAAGCUUCAGGUUAAACUGGAGCCAGGUGUAAAUCCCAGUAAUUUAAUGAACCUCUUCACCUAUGAGAAAGGCUACUGCUUUGUUUACUACCUGUCCCAGCUUUGUGGUGACCCAAGACACUUUGACUCCUUCCUGAGAGCCUACAUUGAGAAGUACAAAUUUACCAGCGUUGUGGCUCAAGAUCUUCUGGAUUCCUUCCUGAAUUUUUUUCCAGAGCUGAAAGAGCAAUGUGUUGAGAGCAAAGCAGGACUGGAGUUUGAACGUUGGCUCAAUGCUACAGGACCUCCAUUAGCUGAGCCAGACUUAUCUCAGGGAUCCAGUCUGACGAGACCAGUGGAGACACUCUUCAAACUCUGGACCACAGAGCCCCUGGACUCUGUUGCUGCUGCCAGCAGCGUUGACCUCACUAAAUGGAGAACGUUCCAAACUGUGCUUUUCCUGGACAGAUUGCUGGAUGGGUCACCACUGCCACAUGAGGUGAUAAAAAAGCUUUCGGAAUGUUACUCCUCUCAGCUGGACUCCAUGAAUGCAGAAAUCCGUAUCCGCUGGUUGCAGAUUGUAGUCCGAAAUGACUAUUAUCCAGACCUUUACAAAGUCCGUCGCUUCUUGGAAAACCAGAUGUCUCGGAUGUACACAAUUCCACUUUAUGAGGACCUUUGCACUGGCACCCUCAAGUCUUUUGCCUUAGAAAUUUUUUACCAGACCCAAAACCAGCUGCACCCCAAUUUGCGGAAAACGAUCCAACAGAUCUUAUCACAGGGCUUGAAUCCACUUCCUGCCAUAGACACUACAGCAGUCACUACAGACACACCAGCAAUGGUGCUUGAGGACAAAGUCUCAGAGGCCACAAAUGGUGCCAUUUCACUCAGGGAUGUCAACGUGUCUGCUUAAAUCACCAGUUCAUGCCAGCCACAAAGCUUGAAAAUGGGGACAGGAACAGAGGAAAGAUACCAAGCGUUGCCUCCUUUCUCUCAGCCUUGCAGCUGCAGCGUGUCAUUGUAACUGGAUUUCUCUCCCAAAACACAAAGCAAAUGUGCCUUCAAGUAUCCAGUGUGUGACACUGCCAGGUUUCAGAGAUAUCCUUCCGCUGUGUGAUGAAUAUUUUGAUUUGGUUUAUACUGAGCAGGGACUCCUGGGCAGUUGCUUCUGCAUGGAAAGUGGAUAGUUCCCUUUCCUGAGGCUCAUCUGGAUGGUUUCUCCGAAUCUGUUGAUUGGUGGGGUUCUUUUCUUUUUUUUUUCUUUUUUUGUCUGAGGCCACUGAGGCAUGUUCUACUUGCUGUGUGUAUGUUGCUGGGGAGUGUGUAUGUGUCAAACUGUCAUUGUCCUGAUAUUUGGGCUAAAGUUCUGCAAAGGAGAGACUCAGGAAUUGCCAGUGGCAGCAAACACGUUUUCAUGUUAAGCUCCUUCCUGUGACAAAGGUAUUGUGAUUUGGGAGGAAGGGGAUUAAUACUUCAAUAAGAAACUAAUUUUAAAUAGCUCCUGUUGCCCCCUGCCCACAGGUGGCUAAAUAAUAAUAAUAAUAAUAAUAAUGCUUUUUAUGUAUAUAUAAAAAGAUAUAUCAAUAAGAACCGGGAAACCCUAUGAUGGAUUUGAAAUCCUUCUGUAGUUAACCCUACCCUCCAUUUUCCCUUUGCACUUGUGGGACAAGCAAUAAGGAAAUGUGUAGGCUUGAAUUUUCACAAAAGUUAAAAUUAGGUGCCCAAAUGCCAUCAAUUCUGGUCUAGCUGCAACCUUGGUUAGUGUGUCAUGAUAUGCGGCACAUGUGUUUGUCAGAUAGACUCUGUGUGUCUUCUGUCCUUUUGGAAGAAUUAACAGGACCUUUAGAUUCUUAAGAUCCCCAGCAUAUCUUGGCUUGUAAAUCAACCCUGGCAAUAUCCAUGGUAAAAUUUUACUACCUUGAAUAAUGUUUGCCUGAAUAAGAGUUUGCCCUGUCUGAGGGAAGCACCAUUUCUCUUGAUGAGAAACUUUUAAGCCCCACUUUACCCGAGUCUGUUUUCUGACUUAUGGUGGGAGUAAGGUGCCAUUUAAUUUACCAGAUGUGCUGUUUCUCUGGAUCACUGGCCAGCCAUGCAGGAUGCGGAGACGUUGUCUUCUGUCUGCGCCGUUCGGUCUCAGGAAACUUGAGGGCAAAGUGUCCUUGGGUGUUACAGAGUACAGGCGAUGGUUCAUAGACUCUGUGCCACAACACUUUAAACACGUGGGUGCCUGUGUGCCCCUCUGUGAGCUCCUGCAAGGCACCUCUGAGCUGAUGAAUCACCAGGAUAGUCUGAAUAAAAGGUGAAACAUUUGCAAGAGGCUCAGCUAACGGAGAUGUGAGAGAAACUGUUUUAUACUUCAGGGCAAAUUUUAGCCCUGCUAUGGGGAUCUGCACAGAACAGGAAGAGCGGGAAAUUUGGGAGGCUUGUUUUUUUCUUCACCAAAAGUAUCUGUUUACACCCAUGUGUGGAUGGGGACUUCGGUGCUGUUACUGGAUCUGCAUUUUCUGGCUUUAAAUUAAUUUGGACUUCACCAUAGCCUUAGCCUGGGCUGAGCUGGGAUAAAGCAAUAAUAAACUCAGGCCUCUGUAGUGCUUCAUUAGUUUUAAAAAUGGGCCAUCAGCAUUGUUGGGCUUCAGAACUCCAAGCUCUGCUCUUUGCUCCUUGAAUGGGAUUAUCUCUGUAAUUCUGUUUUGUUUUCCCAGAAAGGAUGGAGAAUGAUGUUUUCUGCACAAAUCUCUUUCCUUUUCAUUUGUUGUUCUAUUGAAAGAGAUUUGUACAAGCUGACUUUACACUUCCGGAGUUGCCGCUGUUGGUGCUGCGCCUCCCGGACCCCACUGCCGGCAGCGGCGGCCUGGCCAAGACCAGGAACCACUAGCAUCUUUUGGAAUCACAGGCCUCUGUUUUAACUCGGUUUAUUUCAUGGGAGAAUAUUUGUGACCCUGGUGGAAAUUUUUCAUUACAUGAAUGCCUUAUGAUGACUGUCAAAUUAAACUAAGCUUUGUGACAA